AGACGAGCAUUGGUUUUUCAAGGAAAGAGAAUAGUGUGCUUCCACCGGUGAUUGGUCCCACGACCCCAUACUUCCUAGUCGGAUGCUCUACCACUGAGCUAAAGGGAAAUUCCCUCUCACAUGAAGAUAGAAGAUUGUUUUGGAACUAGAUAGAGAUGGUGGACCCUACCGUAGCCAGACGAGCAGUGUCGCGCUAUAGGUUGUACCUGGCGGCCGCGGUGCUCAUAGCAGUAGCUCUUAUCUCUUACUACUUCAUGAAUAAAGCACCUAGUCAGCAUGCUAAGGAUACAUUUAAAAGUAGGUCAGGUAUGAAAUAUAACCAAAAUAUAAAACAAUGGAAACAAAGCAAAUUCAUCUCCAAUAGUAAUUUACAGUCACAGAAGGGUCAGAAAUUGCAGUACCAAGCCAAGUCAUACCAGCAGGUGACUGAAAAUCCGCGACCUGCAGACAAUUUUAAGCGGCCAUUUGACGCACCUGUUGAUCGUGUACCAGUAGUCCCAUUUCUGGACAGAUUGCUUGGUAGGGAUGUGACCACCAGACAGACCCCCAGGAAACAGGGUCCUCUAGAUGUAUGGCGGAUCAUGAAUGAGUCACGCUUCUACGGACCAGUGAGUGAGUACUCAGAGUUUUUCCAUGGUAUGAAACGUCUUGUGCACCUUGAUCUGAAAGGUGCUCCACCAAACAAGCUGUACCUCCAGAAAUUGUUUCCAUUAUUUAAAACUUUUGGUGCAACAGGAGUUAUCUUGGAGUAUGAGGAUAUGUUUCCUUAUAAGGGCCGAUUUUCUGUUGUGCCUGCUAAAAAUUGCUACACAGAAGAAGACGUGAAAGAUAUUCUCAAGUAUGCCGCACAGAGUGAACUGGAAAUUAUUCCUUUUGUUCCAACCUUUGAUCAUCUAGAGUUUCUGCUAAAGCACGAAGAAUUCCGAAAUAUGCGUGAUUUGGACUCGUCACCCUUGGUAAUAACACCAGCAUUGGAUUCAACUUAUGCAAUUCUCACUGAGCUGAUAAAACAAGUGAUGACUCUGCACAACACAUCUGACUACUUCCAUAUAGGUGCUGGUAGGGCCACAGACCUCGGCAUCGGCUUGUCUGCAUCACUUACAAACAAAGGAAAGACUAAGGAAGACAUCAUGCUGGAUCACGUGAUCAAAGUUGGUCGCUUAAUCAAGGAGAGGUUUAAAAAACAGCCCAUCAUGUGGGAUGAUAUGUUACGGAGAAUGGAUGCUAAAAAACUACAGGACUCCCAACUGGGCAAGUAUGUUCAACCUAUGGUGAGGAGUUACAUGACCGAUCCAGCCGAAACUUUGACCUCUGACAUCUGGAGUAAGUAUCGGGGCACCUUCCAGAACAUGUGGAUAGCCUCUUCCUUUAAAGGUUCCACGGGCAGUGGGAGGGUGAUGACAGAUGCUGUAUACCAUCUCAAAAACCAUCUCAACUGGAUUCGCUUGAUGGAGACUGUAGGUCCGGGGGCCAGGGACCAGCAACAGGCUGUCAAUAUCAUCGGUAUAGGGAUCAUGGGCCGACAGAGAUAUGGUCACUUCGGUACACUGUGUGAACUACUUCCAGCUGGUCUCCCCUCUCUGGCUAUCUCUCUCAAGGUGAUGCAGCUAGGAGGAUUCAACGAAUCCAUACAUAGGCUUGUGUCGACACAACUCCAGUGUGAAAAACCUGUCAAACUUGACCUGCUUAAGAAGUAUAAAGAUAAUGACGGGUGUAAAUUUCCAGGGUCGACGAUUUACUACAAACUGCGGACGCUGUGGGGUAAACUUCAGACGUACGACACAGUCAAGGAAAAAAUAAACAGCUUCGCAAGUGAGAUAAACUACAAACAUCAUUUCUUUGAUCCUAAUGAGCUGAAGCGCAUCAAUACAAGUCUGCUGAUGUUGAAUGCCAGUAUUGGUAGAAUGGAUGGAUUCUUGAGAAAUGAGAUCAGGACGUACUUUGACUCCAUGACGGCUAAUGAGUGGGUAGAAAUCAACAUUAGACAGACUGUACAAGAAAUCACAGAAGAAGUUCUUGAAAUCGCUGAAUUCUCAAAGAGAAGAACAUGGUCUGAUCGCCCAGGUUAUGAAGCCUUGGCGGCUAAAAAAGUUCAAGGUGGUGACUUAAAAAUAGGAAAUCCUUCUGUUGUCGUCAAAGGCUUGGACGAGAAAUGGGGUAAAAGUGUAAACAUGCUAAAAUUAUCUCCUCUUCAACAACUUCAGAAGAUUAGAAGAAGAUUUAAUCAAAGUAAAAUAUUUCAGGCAAAUCUUCAACAAAAACUAAGUGCAGACAGAUUCAGGGAUAUAGGUAGCAGCCAAAGAAACAUACCAGCAAUAGAGCAAAAGUCUGGCAUGGGGAUGGCUAAUGGACAACUGAAGAUGCCAGUGAAGGAUCCAAGUUCUGGAAUGGGGAUGACUAACGGACAACAGAAGAUGCCAGUGAAGGAUCCAAGCUCUGGAAUGGGGAUGACUAAUGGACAACUGAAGAUGCCAGGGAAGGAUCCAAGUUCUGGAAUGGGGAUGGUUAAUGGACAACUGAAGAUGCCAGUGAAGGAUCCAAUUUCUGGAAUGGGGAUGACUAAUGGACAACAGAAGAUGCCAGUGAAGGAUCCAAGAUCUGGAAUGGGGAUGACUAAUGGACAACUGAAGAUGCCGGUGAAGGAUCCAAGUUCUGGAAUGGGGAUGGCUAAUGGACAACUGAAGAUGCCAAUGAAGGAUCCAAAACCUGGCAUGGGGUCAGCUUAUGGACAGUUGAAGAAUGAUGCUACCAAUAUCCAGAGAAACAGACCUGCAGUGGAACCAAAGCCUGGCAUGGGUACGGGUAAUAAUUACCCAAGUUUUCAGAAAUCACCAUUGGACACGUCACAGGGAAGAGUGUUAGACCGUUUCCAAUCAGCCAAUAUUCUCCCCAGGAAAGACUCGUAUAGAACUGCCUCAGAGGGCGGGACAUUGAACAAUCCAGCUCAGCCAUCCAGAAAGCAGAGAAGUUCCAAUGCAGCUGGCCGUUUCCGAUUUCCUGUCAAUACUAACCCAUGAGGUUUUAUUUCAGCUAUCUAGGUAAUUGAAUUA